UUAACUACGGCAUUUAUCUCUUCUUGGUAGUAAAAAGCGCUGUAGAUCAGUUCCUGUGAAACUUUUUAUCAUUAAUUAGUCCCUACAAAUUUGCGGUUUGUCUGAUAAGUUAGUCACGUGAAUCACAUGAUUCUGCUAGUUGCAGUUGACGGAUAGGUUUUUAUACGUCUGUUACACUUAAGCUUAAACAUUUGGCGGAACUCAAUUGUUAAAUAAUGGCAAGCGUACAAAAGCCAGGAACUAGCAAACCAGUGAAAGUGGAAGUUAAUGGUAUGUCUGAAGAUUCUGACACAGAAGUUUCCAUUACCGAUGGCGAAGAAGUUAAAGUUAAAGGAAAGAGACAAAAAGGAGGAGUUGAUCUGAUAGACGUCGUGAAUGAUCUUCAAAACAAACUUGUGGCCAGUGGUCACACUCUCAAUGUGUCUCUACCACAAAUUGUCGUCGUCGGAAGUCAGAGCUCUGGGAAGAGCAGCACCCUCGAAAGUUUUGUUGGAAGGGAGUUUUUACCUCGGGGAACUGAUACCGUUACCAGAAGACCCACCAUCGUACAGAUGACACCUAAUCAGCAUGAAGAAUAUGUGGUGUUUUCUCAUAAGCCCGAAAUCCGGUUUACUGAUUUCAAAAAAGUGAGAGAGGAGAUAGAAACAGAAACUCGUAGGCAUCCGGGACCUACUGGAUUCACCUCCGAUCCCAUAAGCAUGCAUAUACACUCGCCUCGUGUUUUGAAGUUGACUGUGGUGGAUUUGCCUGGUUUGAUCAGGAUUGUUCAAGACGGGCAUGCCACUAGUAACAUCCAGGAAGUACGCAAGAUGGUCCUGAAAUAUAUUGAGCCCAAGGAAGCCCUCAUUCUUGCCAUCAUUCCUGCAACUCAAGACUUCCUAACUUGUGAUUCCCUUGAAAUAGCUAGGGAAGUGGAUCCCAAAAGAGAAAGAACCAUUGGAGUUAUAACUAAACUUGAUAGACUCGAUGAUGGUGGAGAUUUUAAAGAUGUUUUGGAAAAUAGAAAAAUUUAUUUACAGAAAGGAUAUGUCGGCGUAGUAAAUAGAAAUCAAAAGGAAAUCGAAGAAGGAAAGGACUUCGAGUAUAUACUUAAAAAGGAGAAAGAAUUUUUCCAAAACCAUCCCGCUUACAAGCAUCUAAAACAUAAAAUGGGCAUUCCUUAUCUCAUUCAAAUGCUACAGAAAACUCUGAGAGCACAUAUAAAGCAGUUCUUGCCCCAAGUGAGGACAGAUGUAUCUCAGAAACUUGCCGAACACCAAAAGGAGCUGAAAAACUUCGAAACUAGAAUGGGAGACAGCAUUGGCGGUGGAAGAACACUGGGAAAACAAUACUAUGUUAUCAAGCUGAUUCAAAAUUUUAUCGAGGACGUAGAUACUCAAAUUAUGGGUAACUCAGAGCUGAUAGAUACAUCAAAGUUUACAGCUGGUGCUAAAAUCCAGUUCAAGCUGAACACGGAAGUUAAAAAAAAUUUAACUCUGACGCUAGUUCCUGAUGAAACUCGUACACAGAUGAUCAUCGUCAACAUGCUGGGUAUCAGAACGGCCAUUGCUAUACCUACUCUAGCUUUGGAUGCAUUGAACAGGAUUUUGUUGCAACAGUACAAAGGUCCCAUGGAGGAAUCUGUUAUUUGUAUUAGAGAAGUACUAAAGGCAGCUAUUGCAGAUGCCUCUAAGUUUAUGGACCGAUACCCAUCGUUGCGAGACGAAGUGGUGUACCAAAUCAAAACUUCCAUUGACAAGGAAGCGGAGAACUGUAAGGAAAGACUUCUGUCCCACAUAGAUGCCAGCAUGUUCUUCAUUAACUACAACCAUCCUGAUUUUGACAGCACUGUUUGUGAUCCUGUGGCUCCCCCUGCUGGUCCAGUCAAACUUUGGGAGAACUUAGGAGCAGCUGAAGAAGAAACUGUGACAGUUGAGAUCACAGAAGGUGUUGCAACUGGCUCCACUAUGCCUUCCACGGAAACUUUAGUGGCUGGCUUGAAAGCUAAUGAAAGUAAUCAAAAGAACGUUCACUAUGCUUCUACAUUGUUGAUGAAAAAUCUUGAACCCGUACAGAAGCAAAUGGGAGACGUUGCUAUGAAAUACAUAAUCUUCUUUUUAGUGAAAAAGGUAUUGGAUUUCAUUAAAAAAGAUCUAUUGGCUACACUCUUAGAAUCUUCUAAUUUCAGUAAUCUGACUGAAGAUUGUGAAGCUGAUUUCCGCUGGAAGGAAGAAACUGAAACUACCUGCAGAAUAUUGCAAGAAGCACUCGUUGCUAUACAAGACUUUUAAACUAGUUCCCCCUCCCCUCCCGGGGAUAUUUAAUCACUUAAAUCAUUCUUCUGCGUGUGUUUAUAGUUCUAAUUCUUAUCAAAGAUACCAUUUAUAAAUUUUUUCAUAUGCCCUGUGUGCCUAUUUUGUAUUUUUGUACUUAAAUGUUUGUGUGCUUUUGUAAAAUAGCAAUAAAGUGUCAUAACUGUUUA